GGCGCUUGCCUACUAGCUCUGCACAUGCGCAUUUUGACAUUGGCUCCGCGCAUGGGUAGUACACACAGGACUUCUCGUGCUUCGUCUUUGCACCGCUCCGGCGUCACCCUGGUAGAAAAAAGAGAAAAGCCGCCUGGACGAGCGCGAGAGGACCGCUGCGGGAGCCGCGGAGGAAGGGCCAUAAGGUCAGGUUCUGAGAUGGGAUACAUAUCCCAUUGGGGAAAGAAGGCGCAGAAGGAAGAACCAAUAGCUGGCUGAAGGCAACUCCUUGUGACAAGGGAGAGAGCCCAACCUCCCGACAGUCCCCGUCCCCUUCCCCCACACCAACCAUGUCGGCAGUAAGCUCAGCCGCCGAGUCCCUGCCCCCAGGGGUUAACCCGCCACCUCCCGAGGUCUCAAACCCCAACAAGCCUGGUAGGAAGACGAACCAGCUACAGUACAUGCAGAACGUGGUGGUGAAGACCCUGUGGAGACACCAGUUCGCUUGGCCCUUCUACCAGCCUGUCGAUGCAGUCAAGUUGUGCCUUCCUGAUUACCAUAAAAUAAUUAAGAACCCAAUGGAUAUGGGAACUAUCAAAAAGCGACUGGAGAACAACUACUACUGGAGUGCCAGUGAGUGCAUGCAGGAUUUCAACACCAUGUUCACCAACUGCUACAUCUAUAACAAGCAAACGGAUGACAUUGUCCUCAUGGCUCAAGCUCUGGAGAAGAUCCUCUUGCAGAAAGUGGCCCAGAUGCCGCAGGAGGAGGUGGAGCUCCUGCCACCUGCCUCUAAAAGCAAGGGGCGCAAAUCAGGGGCUCCCCCAAGCUCAGGUGGUGAGCAGUCCCCCGCCAUGUCUGCAGCCUCCCCUCCAUCGACACUCCCCAGCACGCAGCCGCCGGUGUCCUCCCAAACCCCUGUGAUCGCCAGCACUCCCGUGCCCACAAUCACCCCUGCAGCCCCAACAGUGCAGGCACCAGCACCCCCCGCAAUGACCAUGUUGCCCACUGUUCCACCAGCACCGCCCGUUGUAAAGAAGAAGGGGGUAAAGCGGAAAGCAGACACGACGACUCCCACCACCACCGCCAUCACGGCGAGCCGCGGCGAGUCCCCAACCCCGCCGGAGACCAAGGAGGGCAAAGUGCAGUCACGGCGGGAGAGCACCGGCCGCCCUAUUAAACCCCCCAGGAAAGACCUGGAGGAUGGGGACCUGGCGCAGCACGGGGGGAAGAGAGGCAGGCUCAGCGAGCAUCUCAAAUACUGCGACAGCAUCCUAAAAGAGAUGCUCUCCAAGAAGCACGCAGCCUAUGCUUGGCCCUUCUACAAGCCCGUGGAUGCAGAGGCUUUGGAGCUUCAUGACUACCAUGAAAUCAUCAAGCACCCUAUGGAUCUCAGUACGGUCAAAAAAAAGAUGGAUGGCCGCGAGUACCCGGACGCGCAGAGCUUCGCAGCGGACGUCCGGUUGAUGUUCUCCAACUGCUACAAGUACAACCCUCCCGAUCAUGAGGUUGUGGCGAUGGCUAGAAAACUGCAGGACGUGUUCGAGAUGCGAUUUGCCAAGAUGCCCGAUGAGCCAGCUGAGCUGAGCCCGUCGUCGGCGGCACCCGCGGGCGGAGUGGUGAGCAAGAGCACAGAGAGCGGCGAGAGCAGCGGCGGCAGCUCCAGCUCGGACAGCUCUGACUCAGAGGAGGAACGGGCCACGCGGCUCGCCGAGCUGCAGGAGCAGCGUGUCUCUGCGGAGCGCCCCGCUUGUAACGGUCCUCAGCUCAAGGCUGUUCACGAACAGCUGGCCGCUUUGUCUCAGGCCCCGGUGAGCAAACCGAAGAAGAAGAAGGAGAAGGACAAGAAAAAGAAAGACAAGGAGAAGGAGAAGCACAGCAAGGCAAAGCCUGAGGACGAUAAGAAGGCCAAAUCUGCACAGCCGUCCAAACCGAGUCAGCAAAGGAAGGCCCCGACCCGCAAAGCCAACAGCACGGUUCCGGGCACCAGGCAGGCAAAGAAGGGUAGCAAGGGAGCGCUCGGCGAGUCGGAUCGCGAGGAGGACGCGCUGCCCAUGACGUAUGACGAGAAGCGGCAGCUGAGCCUGGACAUCAACCGGCUGCCCGGCGAGAAGCUGGGCCGCGUCGUGCACAUCAUCCAGUCGCGGGAGCCCUCGCUGCGCGACUCCAACCCGGACGAGAUCGAGAUCGACUUUGAGACGCUCAAGCCGUCCACGCUGCGCGAGCUCGAGCGCUAUGUUAAGUCCUGUCUGCAGAAGAAGCAGCGAAAACCUUCACAGAAGAGUGGCUCCGGAGCGGCAGGGGGCACCUCACGGCUCAGCGGUAGCAGCAGCAGCUCCUCAGAUUCGGGCAGCAGCAGUUCCAGUGGCUCCAGCUCGGACAGCAGCGACUCUGACUGAGGGCCGCCAGUUGUUACCGUGGUCCACCCCCUACCCCUCCCUUCAGUUACUUUCCUCUUUAGUCCUUUAUUUUUUUAAGAAAACACAAACUACGCUGCUGUGGUUAUUGACUUUUCAAAGACCUUUAAAUAACUACAGUGAACAAAGAACAAAAGAACUGCCCCCCCCGGCAGAUAAAAAUAGCUCCUCGGAGAUCAAGAUUUUUCAUUUUUUUAAAGGGACGUGUGCGAACGUGGAGCAAAGCAUCUUAAAGGCCUCGUGCCCUCACGUGUCGGUCAGAAGCGGUCUCGAACCCAGCAUCGCCUUCUGUUCGACUCCGAGAAGCUCGGAAGAUGGCUUCGACGAGGGGGCGGAGCCACGGCUGCAGCAGCCGCCUUGUCCUCGGCCGAGGAGCAGACUGGCCUCUCAGACGUGGGAGCUGUAUAAAAGAGGCCCCUUUGAACAGUUCGCUGCCUGUAACAUGAGCUCUGCACCCACGCCAUGUUCCAUAAACAUCUGCCUGUGUCUGUGUGUAAUUAUGUAUGAUUAUAUAAUACAUAUUU